GCGGGUGAAGGUGCGCGCUUGUGCCGGGAACAUGGACUUCGCCUGCCUUUGGCUAGGGCUGCUGCUGCCUUUGGUAGCUGCGCUGGAUUUCAGCUACCACCACCAGGAAGAGAUGGAAGAGUUUUUGAAGAAGGUUGCCCAAAACUACAGUUCUAUCACUCACUUACACAGUAUUGGGAAAUCUGUGAAAGGCAGAAACCUGUGGGUUCUUGUUGUGGGACGCUCACCAAAGGAACACAGAAUUGGGAUCCCAGAGUUCAAAUACGUGGCAAAUAUGCAUGGAGAUGAGACUGUUGGGCGGGAACUGCUGCUACAUUUAAUUGAAUAUCUCGUAACCAGUGAUGGGAAAGACCCUGAAAUUACAAAUUUAAUCAAUAGUACCCGGAUACACAUCAUGCCUUCAAUGAACCCAGAUGGAUUUGAAGCUGUCAAAAAGCCUGACUGUUUUUACACUAACGGAAGGGAAAAUGGUAACUUCUAUGACCUGAAUAGAAAUUUCCCCGAUGCUUUUGAAUUUAAUAAUGUGUCAAGGCAGCCUGAAACUAUGGCAAUCAUGGAGUGGCUGAAAACAGAGACAUUUGUCCUCUCCGCAAACCUCCACGGUGGUGCCCUGGUGGCCAGUUACCCGUUUGAUAACGGUGUUCCAGCAACUGGGUCAUUACACUCUCGGAGCUUAACCCCUGAUGAUGAUGUUUUUCAAUAUCUUGCAAAUACCUACGCUUCAAGAAAUCUCAACAUGAAGAAAGGAGAUCAGUGUAAAAAUAAAAUGAACUUUCCUAAUGGGAUUACUAAUGGAUACUCUUGGUACCCACUCAGAGGUGGAAUGCAAGAUUAUAAUUACAUCUGGGCCCAGUGUUUUGAAAUUACGUUGGAGCUGUCAUGCUGUAAAUAUCCUCGUGAGGAGAAGCUUCCACUCUUCUGGGAUUCUAACAAAGCCUCGUUGAUUGAAUACAUAAAACAGGUGCACCUAGGUCUAAAGGGUCAAGUUUUUGAUCAUCAGGGAAAUCCAUUACCCAAUGUAAUUGUAGAAGUCCAAGACAGAAAACAUAUCUGCCCCUACAAAACAAACAAAUUUGGAGAAUAUUACCUCCUUCUCUUGCCUGGAUCGUAUACAUUAAAUGUUACAGUCCCUGGACAUGAUCCACACCUCACAAAGGUGAUCAUUCCCCAAAAAUCCCAGGACUUCAGUGCUCUUAAAAAGGAUAUUUUAUUUCCACUCAGAGGGCAAUGGGAUUCUAUCCCAGUAUCAAAUCCUCCAUGUCCUAUGAUUCCUCUAUACAGUAACUUGCCAAGCCACUCAGCUGCAACAAAGCCUGGUCUGUUCUUAUUUUUAGUGACUCUUUUUCACAUACUGUUCAGAUAAAGCAAAAUGUGAAACUCCACCCCAUCGCCGCCUGGAAUCAGGGAUUACCCACGCCAGGUUCCUGCAAAAUCUAACUCCCGCUGCGGGACAACUGGACAAACUCUGCCAUCCUUCCCUAAGAAGAUAAAUGGUUGUUUCCAAACCCUACAACAAACGACUUGUGAUAAUGAAAUGAAUGAUUUAGUCUCGAUAAUGAAUGGAAGAUAUUCACUCACCUAUCAAGUACUGCCCACUUCCACUUAAUUUUAAAGUAGUCUUCGAAAUUUGUAAGAAUUUAAACUUGAGAAACAAAAAAGAAGUUCCUGCAAGAAAAAAAAGGGAGCUAAUUCUGUAUACAGAGAGCCAGAUGAAUAUAAGCAAUGAACAUGAACAUUUACGGAUCACCUAUUCUAUACAAGACCUUGCUAUGAGUGUGAUAUAUGAAGGGAGAGUGCCGUGCGUAACUAGUUCUCAGGGCAGGGAAACAUGAUGGCAGGACUGGAGA